GCAAAAAUUUUGCUGGAAGUGGAGGGCUAGGAGCGCUACACAUCUAUACAAUACUAGUGAUGAACAAAGCAAAUUAAAUGAUCGAAGAGAUAAUGUCGACAAAGAAAAGUAAUUUAGAAACAAAACCCUUGUUAGAAGCUAGUAGCAAAGGAGAAGAAACUAGGAGAAGGAAAAGAUGGUGGAAGAAUGUGUUGGAUGUGGAAGAGGCCAAGAACCAGAUGUUGUUUUCUCUGCCAAUGAUCCUUACAAGUGUUUUCUAUUACUCAAUAACUCUGGUAUCUGUCAUGUUCGCUGGUCGCCUCGGCAACCUUGAGCUCGCCGGUGCAACCCUUGCUUAUUCAUGGGCUAGUGUCACCGGCUUUACCUUUAUGACAGGGUUGAGUGAAGCGCUUGAAACACUUUGUGGUCAAGGCUUUGGUGCAAAAACAUAUAAAAUGCUGGGACUAUAUCUGCAAGCCUCCUGCAUCAUAUCCUUCUUCUUCUCUAUCAUCCUAUCUAUACUAUGGCUAUAUACAGAGAAAAUUUUGAUCAUACUAAAUCAAGAUCCUCAAAUUUCUUUGACUGCUGCCCUUUAUAUGAAGUAUCUAAUUCCUGGGUUAUUUGCAUAUGGCUUUCUGCAAAACAUCCUGAGGUUUCUUCAAGCACAAUCUGUAGUCGUUCCCCUUGUCCUAUGCUCAGCGAUAACGAUGUGUAUUCAUAUUGGCAUUACUUAUGCUUUGGUUCAUUGUGCAAAUAUUGGUUUCAAGGGAGCUUCAUUGGCAACUUCGAUUUCACUAUGGAUAUUAGUCUUUGUUUUGGCAAUGUAUGUGCUUUCCGCAAAGAAGUUUGAGCACACAUGGGGUGGAUUUUCAUUCGAAUCGUUCCGUUACAUGCAUAUCCCCUUAAAACUGGCCCUGCCUUCUGCUGCAAUGGUAUGCUUGGAGGAUUGGGCAUUCGAGAUUCUUGUGUUUUUAGCAGGAUUGAUGCCUGACUCAGAAAUCACUACUUCAUUGCUCGCAAUGUGUGUGAAUGCAGAAACCUUAGCCUUCAUGUUUGCCUAUGGUCUCAGUGCUGCUGCAAGCACGAGAAUUUCUAAUGAACUGGGAGCAGGCAACCCAGAUCGAGCGAAGAGUGCAAUUGUUGCGACUCUCGAACUCUCUGUCAUUCUUGCUCUCAUAAUUGUGUUGGCUCUAGUCUUCGGUCACAAAAUCUGGACCAACUUGUUCAGCGACAGCCCUAUUAUAACAAAAGAUUUUGAAUCGAUGCUGCUCUUGCUUGCUAUUUCAAUUACAAUUGAUUCAGUCCAAGGUGUCUUAUCAGGUGUAGCAAGAGGACGUGGUUGGCAGCACUUGGCUCUGUGGGUGAACUUGGCAACAUUUUAUUUCAUUGGUAUGCCAUUAGCUUGUCUUCUUGGAUUCAAGUUGCAGCUGUAUGCUAAGGGUCUGUGGAUUGGCUUAAUCUGCGGCCUUACUUGCCAAGCUUGCGCCUUCUUGUUGAUCACAGUGCAGACAAAAUGGACUAAAGCAGAACUUCUUAUAGGCACAGAUGAAGAAAUCCUUGUUGUUGUCUAACCAUUCACAGAAUGUCUAUUAAAAUGGAUGGAAGACAAUGUUAGAGAUAUCUUUGGCAUUGGAAAAAUUAGUUGAGUUCAAAUUCAAAUAAAAUUAAGGUUACGUUUAAUAGAGUGUAAUGUAAUAAAUUAUGUAAUGUAAUCAA